AUGGAGUUUAAUAACCGUUUGUUACACGAAUUCAACAACUUUAAUGAAGAUGAAGAUGAGAAAUAUCAGAUUUAUCAAAUAAAAUUAGCAAUUUCUAUAGAAAAUCCAGAGGAGUAUUGUCAAGAAGCAUGGGUAACUCAAAACAACUGGAAUUGUAAACAUUUGAAAAAAUGUAAUGAUCGACAGAAUUGCCAGCACGAGACAAAAUCCAAAGAUGAUGAAUGGGUUUGUCAACACGAGAUAAAAAAAAAAUCGGUUAGUCUAUACAAAUGUGAAAGCGAAUGGGAUUGUCGACAUAAAUGUCAAAGCGAAAGGGAAUGUCAACAUGAUUGGCAAUGUCAACAUGAAUGGAAAAGUGCUGAAUUUACUCGGAAGAAGUUACGCGAAUAUCUAAAAAAAACACCAGAAGAAUUGGCCGAUUUUUUCAAGCAGCCUUGCAAGAAAUGUGGCAACAAGAGUUCGAUUUCUAGUUUUCUUCUGUAUAAGCAACAGCCAAAAAGUUUAAAUGAAAAACCUGACCUUGAGAUCGUCUGUCAUCUAGUAUGGAACAAUCUUUACAGAGUGUUCGGCGAUUGGGAGUGCGAUAGUAUCUUUUCACAUAGGUGGGGAAGUGCUUAUACUUGGAUAUUACUUCAAAGGUUUAUAGAAGAAGUUCCAGGUAGUGAUUUUUAUGUGGUGGAAACGUGCAAAGUAAACUACUGCCAUGGAUCAACCGGUAUUAUGAAAGGAUUCAAACCUCUAACAUCAUCAGGUGGUAAAACAUUUCCUCAUAAACGAGAUUUAUGUCAAAAAUGUCUGCGCUUUGAAAAUUGUGUUCAAACUGGCACCUACUUUGGUUAUCAGAAGAAAUCGUAA